UAUAAUCUCCUUCGUUUCUAGCAAACUAUUUCUAUUUCCAUUCCUUUCUCAUGGAGACCACCAACGGAGCAUCAUCUUUCAACAACCAGAAGUUGACAAUCCCAGCUGUGAAUGAUGCUGAGCGACAAACAGACGUGGAACCUGAAGCAAACAAUGAUUUUAACUACUCAAAACGAUCUCAAUGGCUUCGAGCAGCGGUGCUAGGCGCCAACGAUGGACUCGUCUCCACUGCAUCACUGAUGAUGGGUGUUGGUGCAGUGAAACAAGACAUUAAGGUCAUGAUACUCACUGGUUUUGCAGGUCUGGUAGCAGGGGCAUGCAGCAUGGCCAUAGGCGAGUUCGUUUCGGUUUACUCGCAGUUAGACAUCGAGUUGGCUCAAAUCAAAAGAGAAACCCGAAGAGGUGAGCCUAGAGAAACAGAAGGUGAAAAGGAGAGUUUACCAAACCCUUUACAAGCAGCAGCAGCCUCAGCACUUUCGUUUUCAGUGGGAGCAAUGGUGCCAUUGCUGUCUGCAUCUUUUAUAACGGAGUAUAAGGUGAGGGUUGGUGUGGUGGUUGCUGCGGUGAGUUUGGCUUUGUUGGUGUUCGGAUGGUUGGGUGCUGUGUUGGGGAAGGCAGCAACUGUGAAGUCUGCGGUUAGGGUGCUGGUUGGAGGGUGGGUGGCUAUGGCUAUAACCUUUGGCUUAACCAAGUUGAUUGGAUCUAGUGGCCUGUGAACUUUGUUUCUUUUUUUCUCUUUUCGUUUUCUGCUUACCUUUUGAUUCUGUUUCAUACAACUGCAACUAUGU